GCGAAGGAAGAUUAUUUAAAAUAAAGAAUGCAGAAAUUCCCACGUAUUUUGACAUAUUUUAAGUGUUUGAAUAAUUAAAGAACAGUAAAUUAAUAAUAGUAAUGACUAAACUUGUUACAAUAUCAAAAAGAAAAGUACAAGAAGUGAAUGUAAUAAGUGAAAACUGUUUUCGGAUUAUGUGGCUAUUGACACAAGUUACAUUCUGCAAAAUUAAUUAAUAAAGAUCAAAUCACUGCAAAAAUUAUCUAGUCAAACACAUUUGAUCCCACAAAAGAAAUGUUUAGAGAUUACGCUAUAAAAUGAAACACAUUAAAUCGAUCUUUAUUUUCCUUUUAAUUUUUUCUGUGAAUAUUUCAAGCCACGUAUCCUCAAAUGAAGAACUGAUUGAUGAUCUUGAUAAUCAUAAAAAUGAGUCCAGUAAUGAGUCACCGACAUUCGUCAUUGCUUCGAAUGAAGCGAAUGUUCUAGAAACUAACAACGAUAAAAUGAAAGAUGAAACAACAAAAAACAUUGAAAUUGCUGAUCAACAAAAAACUGUUUCUGAACCUGUUACAACGCCGGAAGUUGCUGUGAUUCCUUCAAACAGCGAUAACAACGAUUCGCAAGCUGCCGAGGAAAAUCUUAUGAUUCCAGUUUUUUCCGAAUGGACACAACAACAAAUGCAGGAAGCUGAGAAAAAACUCGUUGAACUUACAAACUCAACCGAAUCAAACAAAGACAUAAAGAAUGAAACUUUGGCAAAACAUCAAAUUGUAAAGAUGCGUCAAAAGAAUUACGCAUCACCAGAUUGUGGGGCAAAAGUGCUUGCUAGUAAUCAAGAAGCACAAAGUACGUCAUCAGUUCUCACAGACAAAGAUGAUUAUCUUUUGAGUCCAUGUACUGAUAGAAUUUGGUUUGUUGUUGAACUUUGUGAUUCAAUUCAAGCUCAACGUGUUGAAUUAGCGAACUUUGAACUGUUCUCAUCACCUCUCAAGUCAGUCACAAUUAGUGUCAGUAAUCGUUUUCCUACUCGCGAAUGGACAUUUGCGGGUCAAUUCGAGGCAAAAAGUGAGCGCGAUGUUCAAACAUUUGAUUUAAGUUCAACGCUCUUUGGGAAGUUUGUUCGCGUCGACUUGACCUACACCAACACGGAACAUUAUUGUCCGCUGUCUUUCUUUAGAAUAUUUGGUACAUCAGAGAUUGAGGCGUUUGAAGUUGAUAACGAUGCGACAGAGGAACUAAAUGCUAUUGACGUUGAAGAUGAUGAAUUGACACAUCAAAUGAAAGUUGAAGAACCAAAGAAUAUUUUAAAUCGAGCUGGAGCUGCUGUAAUGAGUAUUGUUCAAAAAGCUGCUGAAGUUCUCGUUAAAAGUAAUGGAAAUGGAGCCAAAAUGAACGUAUCUAGUGGUGAAAUGUUUCUUCGUGGAUGCAUUUCUUUAUCACAUAACAUUUUAUGUCAACACUGCACUAAUACAGAACGUAAUGAGUUAAAUAAUAUUAUCAGUUGUAAGAAUUUAGAAUUAUCACAACUUCUACAGAAUAAUGAAGACGUUAGACGAUUUUUAAUUAAUUCAAUAACUUGUAAUAACAUUCUCGGAUUUGAUCUCAAAAGUGAUGAUUUUGAUUCGAGUAGAAAUUUUCUCGCUUCGAUUUUACCACCGAAAUUUAUCGCAGCGAUGUGCAACAUCAUUGCAACAGAUCAGAAAUCAUUAACACUUCGAAAUGAAGACAUUUCAAGUAUUGGAUCAAGUUUGAUAUCGAAAAAAGAUGAAGUGAGUCUGAAAAACAUUUCAAAGAAAGAACAACCGAUUGAAGAUUCACUUUGCAAACAAGAUUUUUAUGCUCCACCGAAAGAAGCUGUUAAACUUAAUUUGACGAAGGAAAAUGAUGGAAAAGUUGAAGAGAAUCCUCCAGAGACUACUGAAAACACUUCGAAACAAUUAAAUGAUUCUCUUACCGAAGACGAGAAAAAUAUUUUCAAUGUUGUAGAAACUGCUUUGGAAAAUCCAACAGAAUCAAUUCCAACAACAAUUAAUUCUCCUGAUGUGGAAAACAACACAAAAGAGAAAGCGGAUGUUGAACUAAAAGAAUAUAAAAUAAUUCCGGAUGUCAAUAAAGAUGAAGAGAAGCCAGAAGUUAUUGUAGAACAAACAGAGACCUCGACACCGCCACCACCACCAGUUGUUGUUGUUGUUCCUCCUACUGAAGUUAAAAAACCUGAACAAGAAGUUAAAAUUCCUCAACAGGAAGUGAAACCAUCACAACCGGAAAUGGUUGAAGUCAAAACAAAUGGUGAGUAUCGAUCAUCAAACCCACCGGAAAGUGUCUUUCUUCGAUUAUCAAAUCGAAUUAAAACGUUGGAGAAGAACAUGACGUUGUCAACGCAAUAUCUUGAAGAGUUGAGUCGACGAUAUAAAAAACAGAUUGAAGAUGUUCAACAAUCAUUUGCGAAGCUUCAAGCAUCAAUUGAGGAACAAAAUCAACAGAAAAUUGAGAAUAAAAUGCAAGCAAAUGAGGAGAUGAAGCAAUUGUUGGAAAAUGUCAUGGAAUUGAAUAAGAAAACUGAAUACAUGGAAGUGAUUUUAAUUAUUCUCAGCGCAUUCUUCACAUUCCAAACGCUUCUUGUGAUUGCUUUGUUUAAGAGGAUAUCAAUUUUACGUAAUUCUUUUGCUGCCCAGCAAUUAGUCAGUGUAGAGAAAAAUCAAGUGACAUCAAAUGGAAGUGAGAAAAGUCGAAGUACUGGACGAAAACGAUCCAAGCAAAGGAUGAGAAAAAUCUCAGCGCCAAAUAUUUUAACUCAAAGAUCAGCGACAACAGCCACGAAAUGCGAAUUCACGAAUCUCCCAAUUGUUACUCCAGUGCUUAGUCGAACAGUUUCAGCGCCAAAUAAAUUCAAUAGCAUCGUGUCGACAAAAGACAAUAAAGAGAACUUUAAUGAUAUGAAAGCGAUGCUCGAAGAGAAUGAUGACAUUCUGAUUCCAGGUUUCGAUGAACUGAAGUUAAACGACGACAAUGAUUCACUUCAGAGUAAUGACAUGGAAACGGCAUCAACAGCAUCAGCUGUUUCGAACGAUAAAAGCGAGAAGUCAAAUUCAAAUAAAAGCUUCAAAUUCAAAAGACGAUUGUCAUCGCCGUUUCAAUUGAAGAAGUCACCGAUGAAAUCCAUCACCGACAGAACAAAACCAGAAUGGUCAAAGAAAGCGAUGUCUGAAAGUCCACCGCGUAGUGUCACAAAUGGGAAUAAUGAAAAUUCAAUUAAAAUUCCAAAAUCAAAAUCAUUUCGUGACGAUGAUGAAAGCUCAAUGAAAUUUAAGAAGUCAAACUCAUUUAAGAAGUUGUUCAAGAAACUUUUCUAAGAAAAUUUUGAAUUUAUCUACUUAAUAAUUUGUAAUUUUGUUAAGUUGAAUAAACUAAGAAUUCUUGUUUAAUUAACUAUUCAAAUAAUUAACUUUUAAUCAUUUUAGUCAAGUUUAUUGAAAUUCUUCGUACUCUAAGCAGAUAUCUUAAAGAAUUAUUUAUUAUUUAAUAAAAUGUUGAUAUAAAAUAAUUUUCUUGUC